CUUGUUUCUGUGACAACUUCUCGUAUUUGUUUCUAUUUUCUCUUUUUUGACAAGGACAAGGAGUUGUAGAGAAGAGCGAGGACAAGUAAGAAGAAGAUGUUGGCCGCUUCAGGGUCAAAAACGAAGGUGGUCCAAGACCCUGUGGUUCUGAGGCUCCAAAGUUUGCAGGAAACCUACUCAGCUUCUGCCGUCGAAGCCGCCAGAAUAGCGCUGGGUAUCCCGGCUGAGGAAAUCCAUGCCAAAGAUUAAGGCAAGGAUAUGCGUGAAUAGUUGUCCAUCUGUGAUGAAGGUGAAGGUGAAAGUAGGGCUAGGGUUUCUCACUGUAUUUAUUUAUUGAUGAACGACAAUUGCAUGAUCUUGUUCUAAACCUCUACCAAGGUACUACAUGAUCUUGAUCCAACGUAAAAUUUCUGUGAUGUACCUUACAGAUUCUUUUUCUAAUAACAAGACUUCACGAACAAAUACGAUGCCAAACUCACCGAUCCAAGUGAGUUCAGGAAGGAAUAUGUCCCAGAGGACAGGUACUACUUCUACAGGAAAUAUUUAUGUGGUACUACAGGAAAUAUUUAUGGGUUAUCAUCUAUGACGCCCUUGUGGCAGUCUGCACUGAACUUUGUGCGAGAUAAAUUGUAAUUGUAAUUGUAAAAAAAAGUACUAGUGGUAGAUCAUACCGUUACCGAUACUAUUAAGUAGUACAGUAGUACUUACAUUAACAAGAUGUAUUCACUGUUGUAGCUACAAUACAAGAUGUAACAUCUCCUGUUGAUCAUCUACUCUACAGAUAGAGGAAGAAGAAAACAGAUGAGAAUAAUCCUCACUAUCCACACUGAACAGACUAGUACUACAUUCUCAUCAUGAUUACAACAAUGAAACGAGGUCUCCCCGACUAAAGCAGCGGAAGAAGGAAUUGUGGAAUUUCAAGAGGGAAUUGCAUCUAGACGCUAUAGAAGAUGUCCUCACUGGCCACAGAAAUGCUCCAAUGCCUAAGCUGCGCGAGACGGGGCAGAAGAGAUAUCACCUGGCACAGCAACAGUUACGGAAUCUUGUUGUACUUGUACCAGAUGAAAUAUCUUUAUCUUUAUCUUCUUGUUGUAGCACUUUUGUGGGUAAAUUUGAAGUUGAAGGCACCAUUUUUUUCUAAUUUCUUUAUAAUUUUCUUUCUUUCUUCUACUGUCACUUUCAUAUUCAUAUAUCUUCAUCAUUUACAUUUGCUACCCUCCUCCUACUAGUACUAUUUUUACAUACGAACAUACUAACUGUUCGCUAUGUAGGCUAGGCUUUAGAUGAACAAUCUCCUCACCUGGCUGCAAUUGCAUUAGAAUAAUGGGCUCCUAUUUCACUUCCGUCCCCUCGCACUAGACUAGACCUGACGAGCAGGUAAAUGAAUGAGUGUUCUUGUUUCUGCUCCUAUUACCACUACUGUUACGAACGUACAUGUUCUUGCUCCUGUUCACACUGGUACUGGUACGCUACUGGUACCGCUACUGGUACGUACUUACACGUAGCUGCAGUUCUUGUCAAAUGCAGUAGCAGCACAUCCACAUCCACAUCUUCUAACCAAAGUCGGCGAAGGAGGGGAUAUUAGUAGCCCGCCAGCACCAGACAUGAGCGAGUUCGAUGCCGCCAUGGCCAUCCGAAACCAGCAAAUUAAGGAGGAGUUCGAAAAGAGGCAAGCAAAACGGGCAGAGCUGAUGAUCCAGGCUAUAUUAUGACUCGGAUCGGUGGAGUCUCCUACUAGGAGAUCCUUCUAGAUGACUUGGAUCAGUCUGCACUGAACUUUGUGCGAGAUUGUAUUGUAGUCGAAGAAUCAAGGCGAACGCGGGGAAUUGCCUUCUAGAUGACUUGGAUCAGUCGAAGAAUAAAGGCGAAGGCGGGGAAUUGCCUUCUAGAUGACUUGGAUCAGUAGAAGAAUAUAGGCGAAAACCAGAAAGCAAAUUUUAACUAAGUAGAAGUAGCCUUAGUUACUUAGUUGUAUUUCUCAAUAGGCAAGCUCGUUCUAACUAAAGCAGAUAGCGAACGGAAAAUGCAAUAUGCGGAGCAGAAGGCGAGAGAAAGUAAAGCAAGGUAUGAUUUUUAACUCCUACUUGUACUUGAUAUUGAUUAAGUAAAAAUACAUACCUACAGGAAUAGGAGUGAGUGGUCCCCAGCAGCAUGAUGAAUACGAAUAUUCUAUAGGGUAUGAACAUGAAGGCCUAAAAUACGACUAGUAAGACUGAUUCCACGUGAUUUCCACCAACCAAAAAGGAACAUGUACCAUUCCUCUACUAUCCAACAUGGCCUCGACCAUUCAAAAACUUCUGCUCGCCAUGGAGUCUACUUCCAUCACCCAAAAGCGAAACUUCUACACAACUCUACACUCAUCUACAGGCUCGACGCCUACAAAAAGGAAUUAAAAGUUGCGCAGAAGGAGAAGGCCAAGGCAAUACAAGAACGCAUGCAAGCAUGUUUGAAUGCGGCAGCCGCAGCGCACAAGGCUCACAUGGCGGAAGCGAGGGAAACCUAUAACAAAUUGGUCAGUCGCUUGGAUAGAGCGCAGACAUUUAUGGUGUGGAUGAGGAUCUGCUAUGUAUAGUGAAAUUUGGGAAAUGAUUUUCCGAUGAUUGACCGUUCAACUACCCGUGUAGCACGUCGCUAGCAACGCUAGUUGAUCAUGUCUCUGCCGAAUACAUCUACUUAACAAGCGUUGGUAAGGAAAUUGAAUUGUUGGGAUAACCACUGCUGCAACAUUAUAGAUGGGUUUAUUUGUCUUCAAAAAUAGGCUGUGUAGUUCUUGCAGAAGAACACAUAUCUUCCUCCUCUUCUUCCACUCUCCUGGCAUUCUUCAUUCGUCAUCGCGACAAUAAGCUGGAUCCAACUGCGUUAAAGGCGAGUAGUGACAAAAGUCUGGCGAUGACUCAGCAUCGCCUCAAAAACGCGAAAGACAAGAUGAGCCGAACUUGCGAUGAACUCCAGCAUCGACAAGCACUGGCGGAUAAAAAAUUAAGGGCCCGACUUACACGACUUAGCUUCUUGUUCUUGAAGUUGAAGAGUUCGGAUUCUAUUUCUUGAAACUAUCUCAUUUUUGACCUGUUUUUUCCUCUUCUUCCUUCGAUCCCUUCAGGGCGGUUAAAUAUUUUAUCUAAGUGGUGGGAAAGGGACAACAUGCCAUAAAUGAUGAAGAUGACUUUUUUACUCAGUGAUAGGGAAUUGGAUUACUUAGAAGCGUGGUUAAAUAAGCUCUAAGAGAACUAGCAGAACAGAAAGAGGAAAUUCGUCUGAAGAUAGAAGCUCAGAUUGUCGCUGCACAAGAGAAAUUCGCGAAAAUUCAAGCCGACGUACAAGAAACACUAGAAAGACAAGCGAAAGAACGACUAGAAAAACACGAAAACUUCGAAAAUCACUAUGCGGUAAUAAAAAUCCCUAUUCGGUAAUAGAAAUGGUGUCCAUCUUCUUGUUCUUGGUGUUAAAGUUAACUAUUGCUUGUGGCUAGAAGUAAGAACUAGAGCGAAGGCUUCCUGUAUAACAGAGCAGUUUAUAGCACGUAUGGAGUGGCAUGGAGUGCAUGGAGCACUUGCGCCACUCCCACGCAUGGAGUGCAUGGGGUGGCCGCGUGUCACGCAUGGAGUGCAUGGAGCACGAGGUGGCGCGCUAGCCUCUGCCAUCAGCCGCUCCCCUCCUGUCGAUCGAUGGAUAUAAGUAUAAGUAUAGGCUUAGUGUAUUAACUUUUGGGGCUGACGGGACGACGUUAGCGCCGGCGCUUAAUUAGUUUUAGCAGAUAGGAGGAUACUUGAUGAUAACUACCCCGCUCACGCUCUUUAGUUUUCUAUCUUCCUCUGGUCUUUAUUUUUUCUUGGUAGGUCUGUCUCUCUGCUCUACCAACACUAUAGGUUUAGUGUAUUCGUUUUUUUUUCCUGGCUAUAUAAGCUUCACCAAAAAGAAAAGUUUAUCUUUACGUUGUAUUCCUAUUCUCAAAAAUGAAGGUUGUCGCAUCGAACAGAAAGCAGUUUCUGA